GCGCAGAGACAGAGACAGCAGCAAAACGGCAGCCGUGGAUAUCAAUACGUUGCGCAGUUCAGCUACUGUGAAAGCGACGCAGUUGACGCCGCUGUCGACGCCGCUGCCGCCGCUGACGAUUUGUCAGCCGCCAGCACCAACGCCGCCUUAUCAGCGGCUGACCACAGCGUUGCAAUGCGAUCCCAGAUGUGGACACGAGGUAACAAUUGGCCGUCGCAUUGGCCUCUACAGAUUCUGUGGCGACAUCGGACGCGGCAACUUCUCCAAAGUCAAGCUGGCCGUGCACCAGUUGACACGAGACAAGGUUGCCAUCAAGGUAGUUGACUUGGAUCGAGCUGGCCUCGAUGCCAAGGCUCUGCGCAUGCUAUCGAGCGAGAUAGCGACGCUCGAGUGUGUUCAUCAUCCCAACAUAUUGAGGCUCUUUGAGGUGGUUGAGACGCUGGGUCGUGUUUAUCUGGUCACAGAGUGGAUACGCGGUGGGGAGCUGUAUAAUCACAUCACCCAAGGUGGCCCGCUGCGCGAGAUACACGCUGCGCCGCUCUUCAAGCAGCUGCUGCUCGCCGUCAAGCACAUGCAUAGCUUGGGCUAUGUGCAUCGCGACAUCAAGGCGGAGAAUGUGCUGCUGCUCUCGGAGGAUCGCCUCAAGCUAGCGGACUUUGGUUUCAGCACACAGCUCAUCAAUGGUGCCAAUCAGAAGCUAGACACAUUUUGUGGCUCGCCGCCCUAUGCGGCACCGGAGCUCUUUUCCGACGACCAUUACAUAGGCGCUCCCGUCGAUGUCUGGGCUCUGGGCAUUUUGCUCUACUUUAUGGUCGUCGGCAAUAUGCCAUUUCGUGCACCCACCAUACCGGGCCUCAAGGCAGCCAUACUCAAGGGCGACUAUCUGCUGCCUGGCCAGCUAAGCUUGCCCUGCAUAAGACUAAUUCAGCGAAUCUUAAUCCAUGUGCCCGCCCAGCGGCCCACCAUAGACGACAUACUGAACAGUCAGUUUGUAACGUGCCCCAAGCUGAGCGCUGAGCUGAUGCAGCUCGAAUUGAAUUUGCAUAGCAAGCCGGCCAAGCGCUCCGUAUUCUGGGUGCGCAAGUCGCAGCGGCUGCGGAAGAGCGCCUCGUUGCGGGAGCGGUACGCGGAGGUGGUGAAGAAGCCGGCGAUUAGCAUGAAUACAAGGCAGCAGGAUGAGCUGUUUACGCACAGUUUUCUGCAUCCCAUCGAUCUGGGCCACGAGCAGGCAGCCGCCGGGAUACAUGCCAAGGAGCUGGAGGCGAACGGCGAGCCGGCCAAGCGCAAUGGGCCCGGGCGGCGGUAUCUCUUCUGCGGCACUUUGAAGAAAAAGAUAACGCCCAUUGAAACGGAGCCGGAGAAGCAGCUCUCGAACGGCGGGCCGACGGCCAAGCUCAGCCAGUGGAGCAUCGAGGUGGCCGACGAUUGUCCGCUCUUCAAGAACUACGACGCCGAGACGGGCAGCUGUGUGAUGCUGCCCACCAAUACGGACGAUCUCAGCCAGCUGUGCCCCCUGGAGUUCGAGGCCAGGCAGCUGCUCGCCGAGCUGGGCGUCACCUCCCAAAUGCUAAUAGCAGCCACGCCCAGCGGCCCGAGAUCCGACAUCAUUGGCGCCUAUCGCAUCAUAGUCAACCGGCUGCAGAAGCAAUCCUGGCUGGCGCGCAAGCACGUGGAGAUGGCGCUGCAAAUGGAGCCAAAGCCGGAGAAGCGCAUCGAACGCCAAUGCUGCAUACUGUAGACAGCUUCAAUUAAAUUUAACAAUUAAUUAUAAUAUUUAAUGCAUAAUGACUAACGAUUAAUGACUAAUGA